CGCCAUUUUCGAAAAUUGGGAAGGUCCCGAGAUUAAGUGUAGUUGCAGCCACGAUGGCAGCCUUUGCCGUGGAACCCCAGGUGCCUACGCUGGGAUCUGAACCAAUGAUGCUGGGUUCACCCACAUCGCCAAAACCAGGAGUUAAUGCCCAGUUCUUACCUGGAUUUUUAAUGGGGGAUUUGCCAGCUCCAGUGACUCCACAGCCUCGAUCAUUUAGUGGCCCUUCAGUAGGAGUAAUGGAAAUGAGAUCACCUUUACUCGCAGGUGGGUCACCACCACAACCAGUUGUACCAGCUCAUAAAGAUAAAAGUGGAGCUCCACCAGUUAGAAGUAUAUACGAUGACAUUUCCAGCCCAGGACUUGGGUCAACACCUUUAACUUCAAGAAGACAGCCAAACAUUGCAGUAAUGCAGAGUCCUCUUGUUGGGGUUACAACUACUACUCCUGGAACAGGGCAAAGUAUGUUUAGUCCAGCAAAUAUUGGUCAACCACGAAAGACGACAUUAUCUCCUGCCCAGUUGGAUCCUUUUUAUACUCAAGGAGAUUCUCUGACUUCUGAAGAUCACCUCGAUGACACUUGGGUGACUGUGUUUGGGUUUCCUCAAGCAUCUGCUUCCUAUAUAUUAUUACAAUUUGCACAAUAUGGGAAUAUCUUAAAACAUGUGAUGUCUAACACAGGAAAUUGGAUGCAUAUUCGUUAUCAGUCUAAACUGCAGGCCCGGAAAGCCUUAAGCAAAGAUGGGAGAAUUUUUGGCGAAUCCAUUAUGAUUGGUGUAAAACCAUGUAUUGAUAAAAGUGUUAUGGAAAACAGUGACAGAUGUGCUUUAUCAUCUCCAUCUCUAGCCUUUACACCACCAAUCAGAACCUUAGGUACACCAACACAACCUGGAAGUACUCCUAGGAUUUCUACCAUGAGACCUCUUGCUACAGCAUACAAAGCUUCUACUAGUGACUAUCAGGUUAUUUCUGACAGACAAACGCCAAAAAAAGAUGAAAGUCUUGUAUCUAAAGCAAUGGAGUACAUGUUCGGCUGGUAGUAUAAUAAGAGCUAAGAACUACCAAGGAGGAGGUUGCUACACUAAAAGAGUUAGCAGAGUACUGCCGGUUUCCUUUGGUUAGUUGUAUAACCACUCUUGGCAGUAUCGGGUAGCUAGCUCAUAAUUCUUUUAGAAACCUUUUUCGUUAAGGAUGCAGCCUAUUCGUAGCUUGCACUUUAAAAGAUGCUUGACAUACAUUUUAAAGAAAACUUAAUAUCCCUGUAAUUGUGCAUGCUUAAGCACAAAGAAAACUCAGCAUUGAUUACUGUAAAUUAAAUAAUUUGUGGUGAUGCUUCGUAGUCUUCAUGAGAACGUGGGGUGAAUUUCAUGAAGGGAACCUACAGGCACUUCUAUCAAGACAGAGAUUAUAAUUAGCAAUUUGAA